UCUGCAUAUCGCAAGCAUCAUCAUGAUUUUGGAACUUUUAACCUGGGCAGGCUACAUAUUUAUUACCCUUCUCGUGGGGGUGGUAGCAUCAGGGGUUAUUUAUACUCGAUGGCACUAUGGAGUUUUAGAGACCACGGAGGGCCUUCCAGCCUUGAUAAAGCCAUAUUUCGUUGGGGGAAGUGAUCCCUUCUUUUACAAGGGGAUUUGUUGUGAAGAGGAUAUAAAACGUGUCAAGAUGUACGGUCCUAUUUUUGGGAUGUACGAAGGAAGGGCUCCACAUAUUUACAUAACCGACCCGGACCUUAUUCGAUUGAUUUUUAUUAAGGACUUUGACCAUUUCCAAAAUAAACGAAUGUAUGACGAGGGGCAUGAAUUAAUCAAUGAUAUGAUGGACAUUCUUCCAUACGAGAAAUGGAAAGUGGUUCGAACAUAUUUUUCCCCUCAACUCACAACCGGAAAGAUUAAGACGAUGAGUUAUCAAAUGCUCGACACGAUUCACGACUGGAUGGACAAGCUGAUUAAAAAGGCUGACGGCCAGCGCUGUAUAGUUAACCCCAAAAUAGAUUUCACCUCAUUGACGCUCGAUGUCAUAGCGCGUUGCGCUUUCGGGACAAGGAUCAACGUUUUAGAUGAUACAAACGACCCUUUCUUCCGCUACGUGAGGAAAUUAACGCUUGAUGAUGAAGAACCCAGCUGGAUGUUUAGUUUAGUCCAAAUGUUCCCCUUCCUGGUCAAAAUGGAACCGGUUUUUCCCCUCGAUGCCAUCAACUUUUUUGGCGACCUCUUGAAAAAUAUCCUCUCCACGCGAAAACAAAGUGGACAACGUGCCAACGACUUCGUCGACGUGAUGAAUGACAUGAUCGACAAGUGCAAAACGGAUCCAGACUAUGGCCGAUUGGGCAUCACACCAACGACCGCGAUGUGUCAGGCGAUGGCGUUUUUAUUCGCAGGCUUCCAAACCACGGCAGAAACGUUGACUUUAAUGGCGUUCAGAUUGUCACAAAAACCAGACAAGCAGGACAAGCUUAUUCGAGAAGUGGACGAUUUUUAUGAGCGACACGACGGAAAAAUUGAGCAUGACCAUGUCAGCGAACUUGUCUAUUUGAACGCCUGCAUGAACGAGACGCUCAGAAUGAACCCGGCAUUAAUACGACUGGAACGUGACUGCCAGAGUGAUUGGACUCAUAAAGGAACGGGGUUGAAGGUGAAGAAGGGGACGACAAUUCAAGUUCCCGUCUUUGCUGUGCAUUUCGACGAGAAAAACUAUCCCGAACCGUACGAAUGGAAACCGGAGCGAUUUUUACCCGAAAACAAGGAUGCUUUGAACCCAUACGCGUUCCUUUCUUUCGGCCAAGGUCCACACAACUGCAUCGGGAUGAGGUUUGCCAAGGAGGAAAUUCAAAUGACGAUGGCCUCCGUUUUGAAACAUUUCAGAUUCGAGGAUACCGAAGGAGCUAAAUUGAAGAUGAAACCGGGACGUUUAUUUUUAAAUAAUUAUGAGCCUUUCAAGUUGACCAUGGUCCCAAGGAAGUGAAUCUUAAUUGUUUUUCACGCGUAAAUAAAUAAAAUUAGUGCAAA